AUUUAUAUAGCAAUAUAGGUAUGAUAAUUAUAUCAUUUUAAUUUUUUCACCUAUUAAAGGGUUUUAUUUGUUAUAUUGUGUUUAAUUAAAACAUGUGAUACUACACUGGUAGUUAUUAUUAUAUGUUACAUAUUUACGCGUACGUAUAUGAUGAUAUCAUAUAUACCGUGAGUUUCGCACGAAUGUCAUGAUGCGUGGAUGUGGCAGCUCACAAAGAGGUGUUCUAAUGGGGCGGAAUAAGUUUCAACGGCCAAGAUUCUGUUUUUGGUUAUUUGUCUUUAUAACGUUAUUAUCAUGCUUCAUAGUCAUGUCUAUCUACAUUUCAAAUACCGGAAAAUCAUACGACCGCCGAAUAGCGACAACGUAUACGAAGACGGAAAUGGAAAUGCUUAUGGAACACAUAACUAGAUUGUAUGAACUAAAAGAGAAGGACAUAGAGAAACUAAUCAAAUGUUUUGGUCUGGUACUCAAAACGAUUGUGAAGUUGAACGUUUCUGUUUCUGAAGACAUAGAUUCAUUAAUGGUUUCUUUUAAGACUGUGGACACGGUCAGUCCACCAAUGUCACAUUUCGAUUUGUUUUCUUUCUUACCCCACUUGUGGUCCCACGAGGAAUUUUUGAGGCCGUUUGUAUUAAAUUCCAGAGGCAGAAAUGCAGUGUCUAUAGUGUUUGGAAUUCCUACUAUUCGUCGUAAAAAACAGAAUUACUUGAUACAGACAUUGAUUAGUCUCGUAAACAACAUGAAUCAAACUGAGCAGAAUGACUCGUUAAUUGUAGUGAUGAUUGCUGAAGUCGAUUUGGAAUAUGCGCGAAAUGUUUCUGUGGAAAUCAAAAAUCGUAUACCAGAUGCUGUGGGCUCGGGCCUCGUGGAAGUAAUUGUUCCAAAUCCGGGAUACUACCCAGAUUUCAGUAAGCUUCGCAUUACGUUCGGUGAUUCUGAAGACCGGGUCCGAUGGAGGAGCAAACAAAAUUUGGAUUUUGCUUUCCUAAUGAUGUACUGUCAAUCAAAAGGAUCGUUUUAUGUUCAACUCGAAGACGACUUAAUCGCAAGGCCGCAAUACCAAGCUUUAAUGAAAAAAACGGCUUUGCAGAGGAUAGCCGACGGAAAACAAUGGUUCAUAUUAGACUUUGGUGGACUUGGUUUUAUCGGCAAAAUGAUAAAAUGUUCGGAUUUACCGUGGGUAAUUCAAUUCAUUCUUAUGUUUUAUAAUGACAAACCUGGGGAUUGGCUGCUUGACGGAAUGGUGGAAACAAAAGUUUGUCAUCUUGAAAAAAGUCAAGACGAUUGUAAAAAACAAAAAGCAGCUAUAUGGGUGAGAAACAGUGAAGCUUUUUUUCAGCAUAUAGGAACCUGGUCAUCUUUAGAUGGUAAAAUUCAACUUGAUAAGGCUUAUAAUUUUAACAAAACAAUAAAAGCAUAACCUUAAACGAAAUACAGAUUAUACGAAGCAGAAAAUCAAAAGAAUCAUAAAAUGACGGUGAAAUUAAAAUAACAAAAUUUAUCGUAUGUUUCUACUCGAGUGGAAUAAUUUAGUUGUAUUUACUAUUUAUUAAUAUGUAAGAAAAGAUAUUAUUUUCUAUGAAAGUUUAAAUUU